UAUUCAUAUCAAUUGACCCAAAUAGUAUUGACACUAAAAUGGCUGCCAUGGCCGGAUUUUCUUCUUCUUCUUCUUCAUCUCUAUCAACUCUUCGAAAAUCCUUUACUUCCACUUCGCCUAUUUUCCCUUCAUUCCAUUCUCUGCUUCCGCGAAUUCCAAAACCUUCAUCACUCAAAACGGUAAACCCAACCUUCAAACCCUCCCUACCACGCCGAUUCUCCUCCGCUGUUGCCGCCACCGCCGAUUCCGCCGAAGUUAGACAAUCCCUCAAAACUCGCUUGAAAAAUGGAGAAACCCUUUACGGCAUUUUCCUUCUCGGUUUCUCUCCAACCCUCGCUGAGAUCGCUGGACUCGCCGGAUACGACUUCGCCGUCGUCGAUAUGGAACAUGGUCACGGAGGUAUCUCCGAUGCACUCCCUUGUCUUCAUGCCUUAGCCGCUACUCAAACCCCAGCUAUUCUCCGUAUCCCUGAAUCCUCAGCUACUUGGGCUAAAAAAGCCCUCGAUCUCGGCCCACAGGGCAUUAUGUUUCCGAUGAUCGACGGUCCGAAAUCAGCCCGAAAGGCAGUGUCUUACUGCCGUUUCCCGCCUAAUGGCGUACGUGGAUCUGCUCAUACUGUUGUUAGAGCUUCGAGCUAUGGAAUUGAUGAAGGGUAUUUGAGUAAUUACGAGGAUGAUCUACUGAUCAUGUGUCAAGUUGAGUGUGUAGAUGGAGUGAAGAAGAUUGAUGAAAUUGCAGCAGUGGAAGGGGUUGAUUGUAUUCAAAUGGGACCAUUGGAUUUGAGUGCGAGUUUAGGGUACUUAUGGGAUCCUGGGAAUAAGAAAGUGAAGGAGAUGAUGAAUACAGCUGAAAAAGGAGCAUUGAAGAAGAAGCCACUUGACGGUGGGGCGUAUUUAUCUGGAUUUGCAAUGCCUCAUGAUAGUCCUGAGAAUUUGAAAUCAAGAGGGUACCAUAUGGUUUCAGGAGCAGUAGAUAUCGCGUUGUUUAGAAAUGCAGCUGUGGAGGAUGUGAACAAGUUUAAGAUGAGUUUGGAUAAAGGAUUUGAAGAUCAAAAAGAUCAUAAAGAUGGUGAAGAGAAGUACUGGAGUGAGUAAAAAUUUGAACUUUUGUUACAUUACAUCCUAGUUUUUGAAGUAUUAUGUUCUGCUUUUUGUUGAUUAUGAGUCUUGGAGAUUAACUUAAGUUUCGAAUUUGAGCUACUUAUGCAAUACAGCCUUUUUUUUUGUUCUGAGCAAAA